UCUUACCAAAAGAUUUCUCUUCAAAUAAGAAAUCAAAAGGUUUUGUGCCAUUUUAGGCCACGUGGCAUAAUUAUACCUGCAAUUAACGGACCACAAAUGACUGGCUGGUAGAUUGGUUCACAAGUCAUAUUGGAUUUGAUAAUGCAUGUACUUGCGGUUAAUAGCAAUCUGGUGUCGAUAUACAAUCACGUCUUUUACUGACGUAGAAAGCUGAAGCCCCGUCGAUCAGUUUAAGAAUUUAUAUUUCUGUGCCUGUGACGUUUGCGAAUCUGCCUGGUCUGGCAAGCGAGGUAGUUUUGCUGAUGACAUCCAAGGGACAGCCCCCGCUCGUGAACAUGUGAAUACGCCACUGUAUUAAAUCAAAAUCUAGUAUUGGCCGUAUUCUAUACAUGUUACGACUUUCCAUCUACCGUUAAUAAUUGUGACAACGUAUCUUUGUUCCAGUAGCAGUUUUCAUUUAUUUAAGUUGAUAAAUCCGUCAGUUUCUUUACUUUCGCCAACCUGCUUCAGCUAGGGCGUGAACGUCCGUCGACUUUACACCUAUCCAGCUUGAUAAUACAAAGAGCUCAUUUUCUAUUCGUAGUAGCGUCUCACACAUUAUGUCACAGCUCGUUACCGCCUAGAUUUCACCUUCUGUAGCGAUAGCUAGCGGGAACAAGGCAGCUGCUCGACAAUAAGUGAAGACGUUACAUUUCGCGAGGGAUGAAUUGGAAAGGCGUCGUUUUCGCUACAACUACGAUUGUCUUUACGUUUUGUCUGGUCCAGUGUGGAGCAUUAGAACACCAAUCACAGCAGGACCUACAACAGCCUUCACAACAGCCUCUCCAGCAAACUCCACCGCCUAGAUGGUUUGUGUGCAGAGUGAUGGAGAUGAUCAUCUCAAUGUUUCAACGAAACGGCACCAGCGGAACCCAAUUUGCAGUUCUUCUCUUUGUACCAGAAAGCGCCAGAACAGAGGAUCAAGUCAGAGCUCUACUAGCGACCAACAACGAAGGCAUCAACUAUCGCUAUGCUGAACCUAACUUCCAACCUAACGAUAACUGCAGAACGCACGCCGAGAUCCAAACGAUGAGAGGUAACCGCAAUUCGGGCGGAUAUGGUGACAUGAACGCUCUGUACAACCAGUUCGUAAACAACCACCCCAACGAUUCGCUCAGGUACGUCAUUCUCUAUACGUGGAUUCACCCAUGUCCCGCCUGUGCAGACGCCAUUGUCAAUGACUUCAGAAAUGUUGCAGCGUUUAGCAACCUGAACGUACCUUUGUAUGUUGGCCGUACAACAGCAGGGACAAGACUCACUCCUGCCCUUACUGCUGAUGAUCGAGCGAACAUAGUGCGGGUGCUGCAAGUUGUAGGUAUUUUGUUAUUUCACAUUCGACCACCACAAAGUCUUGAAUAUCCUCACCUUGUGAAUAGUACCGUUCAUAGUGGAGAGUUCGUGUCUGACUUUUGUAAUGGGCUGUGGUUGGAAGGACAAGUUGAGCGGCUCACAAUCAUCAGUGGGGAACGCAGUCUAAAUUCAUUGUUUCUUCGUAUAACUGAACGGUUCAAUGGAUGGAUUCAACAAGUAACAGGAAGUCACCCCGUGAGCAAAGAAACUAGAGACAAACAAAACAAUGAGAUUUUGAACCAAAAGCGUUAUGUGAUGCCUGUAGGACAGAAGAAGAGGUUUCAUGUUUUAUUGGAAGAGACAGCGUAUCCAAGACACGAUCAGAACACAGAAAAAAUGUCUCCGAGAAGUAUACGUAGAGCUAGGAAAGUUGGUAAGAGCUCGGCAUCAGUCAGUGCUCAAUACAACUGCACUGUUAGCUUCAUCCAACGAGAAGAUCCAUGCUGUGGUGAAGAACAUGCCGAUAUUUCCCACACAGCCGAAGGAGAGCAAUGUGCAGCUAAUAAUACAUGUGGUUAUCACAAUUAUGACUACACAUGGUGUUACAAACAAUCGGGAGGGUGGGACUACUGUUGUUCCGGUUCUUGUGGGAACCACGACGCCAAAGUGUACGACUGGUGUCAGGCAGGUGACAAGUGGGAUUACUGCAAAGUGACAACCUUUCCUUAUCCUUCCCGUACGGUGGAUGGCAAAAGCUGUAGAUCAGGCGAUUCCUGUGGAUACCACGGUUAUGACUAUGCAUGGUGCUACACUGAUACCAGCAACAAUUGGGGAUACUGUUGUACAACAGAAUGUGACUCCUAUGGGUCUGACUACGAUUCAUAG